GGCCGCUGCUGGCUUCUACCGAGUGCACCAUCGGCACUGUAAAAACUGGACGGAUGUAUUAGGGAAAGCCCAUAUUAAACCCCCUUUUCUUUUCUUUUUAAUUAUUUGGGGAGGUCAAUAUCAGAUCUCCAGGUGUCUGACUGCCAGUGAGAAGCGGACGGAAGAGUCCUGUGUGUUUGGUUCUAAAAGUCUGACCAUGGGGAUCAAGUCUGCUCUCCCGAAGUAUGAGCUGUACUGCUAUGCGGCCGUGCUGGGCCUGGCCCUGACCUGGGCAGCCAGCUGGAUCAUAGAGGCCUCUGAUGAGAAUGUGGGCAGAAAGGUGUUUAAAAGCAGUGUGAAGCCAGGAUGGAGUUAUUUUGGCAGGAAAAUGGAUGUGGCUGAUUUUGAAUGGGUGAUGUGGUUCACAACAUUCCGCAAUCACAUCCUCUUCGCCCUUUCUGGUCAUGUGAUCUUUGCCAAGAUUUGCUCCAUGAUCUCCCCUAAGGACAGGGGUAUGAUGUACAUGGUGUACGGCCUCUUUGCCAUCCUGAUCAGCAUGGGCUGGUCCUUCAUCACACUCAUCCUGGCCCACUGCAUCAUGCUCUACUCCGUGGCCCUUGUGAAGAGGAAGUGGAUCUGCUUUGUGGCAGGUCUCUGCAGUCUAGCCACUAUCAAGAUGGAGCCCUACGGGUCCUGGCAGGCUGGCUUUGUGACCGGAUCCUUUGAGCUGCAGGACAUUCUCUUCUAUGGGGGCUGUGGGUUCUCCAUCAUGCGUUGUAUGAGUUUUGCACUGGAGAACUGUGAGAAGAAGGAUGGCAACUACACCUUCGUAGAACUACUCAAGUACAACUUCUACCUCCCUUUCUUCUACUUUGGACCUGUAAUGACAUUUGAUCAAUUCCGUUUUCAGGCCAACAACCCCAACCUAACUCGCAAGGACAGAGAGAUGUGGGACAUCACCAUUAAAGCUCUUGUUCACCUGGGUGCUAUUCUGAUGGUGGACGUCUUCUUCCAUUUCCUCUACAUUUUGACAAUCCCGGCGGACAUGAAACUGGUGAAACAGCUCUCCGACUGUUCUCUUGCUGGUUUGGCUUACUCCAACCUGGUGUACGACUGGGUGAAAGCAGCCGUCAUGUUUGGUGUUAUCAACACUGUGGCUAGACUGGACCAUCUCGACCCACCUCAGCCACCUAAAUGUAUUACUAUGCUCUAUGUUUUUGCUGAAACGCAUUUUGACAGGGGAAUCAACGACUGGCUUUGCAAAUAUGUGUAUGACUACAUUGGGAAAGACCACGAUGGGAUUUUCAGGGAGCUUGUUGCUACCAUUUGCACAUUCAUCGUCACAACUUUGUGGCUGGGUCCUUGUGAGCUUGUGUACAUCUGGUCCUUUUUCAACUGCUUCGGUCUGAACUUCGAGUUGUGGGUUGCUAAACUCUGCUCACUGCCACCUUUCUCAACAAUUGAGGGGCUUUUGUCUGAAGCCAUGUCACGCAGAAUCAGGAGUGUAUUCAACGCACUGAACUUCUGGCAAAUCAUCCUUUACAACAUCCUUGCCCUGAACAGCCUGGACUUCGCCAAGCUUGUUGCUAAGCGACUGGUUGUGAAAGGCUUUCCACUGUCCACUCUGGCCGUGCUGUUUGUGACCUACUGUGGUGUACAGCUGGUGAAGGAGCGAGAGAGGCAGCAGGCCCUGCAGGAGGAGCAAGAGGCUGUCGAGAAACCCAAGAUUGAGUAAAAAAGACAGUGGACUGACCAGUCGAGGCCAGUUUGAGCUGCGCCUCACGUAUCUCGCUCUCUUCUGUCUGUGUGAGCCUACAUACCAAGACCGAGCCGCUCCAUCGCCCAAGCCACCACCGUGCUGCACAAAUCUGUUGCUGUUUGUGUGAAAGAAGGUGUCGCAUCAUGUUGAACUGUGAAUAGCCCUCAAGUGCACUUGCUGUAGAUAAACAUCACCUCUCCUUGGACUGAAACAUGAUCACACAAGCACAACAUGUACACAUCCAAAUGCCUACACACACACACAUACACACACACAUACUUUUAACAUUAAUAUGAAAGCCUUGCCAAAUAUUUUAUGCAGAUAAGUUAUAAUAAUAUAUUGUAUAAUAUAUUAAAAUUAUAAUAUAUACAA